AUGGCACCCGAAUUAAACAAAAGCUCAUCAAUUCUGAUCAUCGGGGCUGGUACAUGGGGAUGCUCAACUGCCCUCCAUCUGGCCCGUCGGGGAUACAAAAAUGUAAAAGUACUGGACCCUCACCCGGUGCCGUCGCCCAUUGCGGCGGGGAACGACAUCAACAAGAUCAUGGAGCAUAAGGAACUCAGAUCCCCGAACCCUGAUGCUCGAAGUAUUGCAUUUGCGAUAUGCACCAGAGCCGCCUUGAAUGGCUGGACGAACGACCCAGUCUUUCAACCCUAUUUCCAUGAAACUGGAUUCAUUGUUUCCGGGCAUACACCUGCUCUCAUAGAGCAUAUCAAAACCGACGAAGUCGACCAGUCCGAAGGCGACUGGGUGGCCCUGGAAACAGCCGAGGAUUUCCGCCAAACCAUGCCACCAGGCGUCCUGACCGGGGAAUUUCCAGGCUGGAAAGGCUGGAUAAGCCGAUCCGGUGCAGGAUGGAUCCAUGCUCGAAAGGCUAUGGUAUCUGCAUACAGCAAGGCGCAGAGUAUAGGUGUGAAUUUUGUAACUGGCUCCCCGCAUGGGAAUGUCCUAGGCUUGAUCUACAAAGAUGGAGAUGUGGUCGGAGCUCAAACAGCAGAUGGGCAGAAACAUCUUGCAGAGCAUACCAUCCUCGCGGCUGGUGCUGGAAGUGAUCGGCUGCUAGAUUUCAAAAAGCAGCUGCGUCCGACUGCUUGGACUUUGAGCCAUAUUCGAAUGACGCCCGAGGAAGCGAAGAAAUACCGGAAUCUUCCUGUCCUGUUUAACAUUGCAAAAGGGUUCUUCAUGGAACCCGAUGAAGAGAAACACGAGCUCAAGAUCUGCGAUGAGCAUCCAGGAUACUGCAACUUUGUGGCGGAUCCCGAUCAUCAAGGUGAGAAGAGGAGCAUACCAUUUGCCAAGGAGCAGAUUCCACUUGAAGCUGAAGCACGAGCUCGGGAUUUCUUGCGUGAUACUAUGCCUCAUCUUGCUAAUCGACCUUUUUCCUUUGCUCGUAUCUGCUGGGAUGCCGAUACCGUCGAUCGUGCUUUUUUGAUUGACAGACACCCAGAGUAUGCUUCGCUCGUGGUUGCUGUUGGUGGAUCUGGGAAUGGUGCUAUGCAGAUGCCUACUAUUGGUGGGUUUAUUGCAGAUGCAUUGGAAGGAAAAUUGCAAAAGGAAUUGAAAGAAGUUGUUCGUUGGAGGCCAGAGAUUGCUAUUGAGCGAGAUUGGAAAUCUACCCAGAACCGGUUUGGAGGACCUGACAAGUUGAUGGAUUUCCAAGAUGUGAAGGCUGAUGGGUGGACACAUAUUGGAAGAGAGAUGGAAGGUCAACUAUAA